AUGGCUCCUGGAAAUGGCUCUUUCGUGACUGAAUUCAUUCUGGUGGGGUUAACAGACCAACUCGAACUCCAACUUCCUCUAUUCCUCAUAUUUCUAGUGAUGUAUGUGGUCACUGUCUUGGGAAAUUUGGCCUUGAUAACCCUAACUGGGCUGAAUUCACAUCUUCACACCCCCAUGUACUUUUUCCUCUUUAACUUAUCCUUCGUAGACCUCUGUUAUUCUUCUGUGUUUACACCCAAAAUGCUGAUGAACUUCAUAUCAAAGAAUAAUAUAAUCUCCUACAUGGGGUGCAUGACCCAGCUCUACUUUUUCUGUUUUUUUGCCAUUUCUGAAUGCUAUGUGCUGACGUCAAUGGCCUAUGAUCGCUAUGUGGCCAUCUGUAACCCUCUGUUAUAUAACAUAGCCAUGUCCCCUGAAGUGUGUUCCAACCUGAUGCUUGGUUCAUACUUGAUGGCCUUUUCUGGUGCCAUGGCCCACACUGGAUGCAUGCUGAGACUAAGCUUCUGUGAUGCCAACACCAUCAACCACUAUUUGUGUGACAUCCUCCCUGUGCUCCAGCUCUCCUGCACCAGUACCUAUGUCAGUGAGCUGGUGGUUUUCAUUGUGGUGGGCAUCAACAUUAUUGUUCCCAGUCUCACCAUCUCUAUCUCUUAUGGUUACAUCCUGUCCAGCAUCCUCCAAAUUACCUCCAAGGAAGGCAGGUCCAAAGCUUUCAGCACAUGUUGUUCACACAUAAUUGCUGUUUCUCUGUUCUUUGGAUCCAGUGCAUUUAUGUAUCUCAAACCAUCCUCUGCUGGGUCUUUGAAUGAGGGAAAAAUAUCUUCUGUUUUUUAUACCAAUGUGGUUCCCAUGAUGAACCCAUUAAUCUACAGCUUGAGGAAUAAAGAUGUUAAAUUUGCCCUGAGAAAAACCCUGAGUAGGAGAAAGUUCUGA